CAAUGUAUAGAAGCGAGAACAAAUUAAAACCCGCAUAGUUCUAUCCAUUUUUAUAAUAUUAAUAAUAUUUUAAAUAAUCAUUAAUCUAAAUAUACUGUCAAUAAGUUUUGAAAAUCGUAUUUGGGAACGCGAAAACAAAUAUAUAUCCAUAGAAGAGACAUUUUAUUACCACAUUCGCAAAGUUAAUUCGUAGUACUUGAGAUGAUGGUGCUGUUCCUGUAGUUUCACGAAAAAUAAAUCUAUAUAAUAGUGAAUGUUAAAUAUCUCUCUGUUGAGUUUUAAAGAAGGAAAAGAAAAGAAAAAUCGCAACGACAAUUCAACCGGCUGUGAAGAAAAUCUUGCAAUCAUGGCCACCGUAUCUUAUCAAAUAGCAAAUUUACUGGAAAAGAUGACAUCUAAUGAUAAAGAUUUUAGAUUUAUGGCGACCAAUGAUUUGAUGAGCGAAUUACAGAAGGAUAGUAUUAAAUUAGACGAUGAUUCUGAACGUAAGGUUGUCAAGAUGUUACUUAAAUUAUUGGAAGACAAAAAUGGAGAAGUACAGAAUCUUGCUGUCAAAUGUUUAGGUCCACUAGUCAAUAAAGUCAAGGAAUAUCAAGUAGAAGUUAUUGUUGAUGCUUUAUGCAGUAAUAUGGUGUCUGAUAAGGAACAACUAAGGGAUAUUUGUAGUAUUGGCUUAAAGACUGUCAUUUCUGAACUUCCAUUAGGAUCCAGCUCAUUGGUUGCUAAUGUAUGCAAACGCAUUACUGGAAGAUUAAGUAGCGCUAUUGAAAAGCAAGAAGAUGUAUCCGUUCAAUUGGAGGCGCUUGAUAUUGUAGCAGAUUUAUUGUCUCGGUUUGGAGCUUUAUUGGUGACCUUUCAUUCAACUAUUUUAACCGCAUUAUUACCACAAUUAUCUUCCCCACGUCAAGCAGUUCGUAAACGUACCAUAGUAGCAUUGAGCCAUCUUUUAACAUCGAGUAACAAUUAUUUAUACAACAAACUUUUGGACCAUCUCCUUGAGGGACUUUCAUCGCAAACUGUCAAAAGUGUUAUCAGGACAUAUAUUCAGUGUAUUGCAUCGAUUUGUCGUCAAGCUGGACAUAGGUUUGGUGAACAAAUAGAACGAGUUAUGCCAUUGAUAGUAGGAUAUAGUAACGAGGACGACGAUGAACUUAGAGAAUAUUGUUUGCAAGCAUUUGAAGCUUUUGUAUAUAGAUGUCCUAAAGAAAUAACACCGCAUAUUAAUGAGAUCAUCAAAAUCUGUUUGAUAUAUAUUGUAUAUGAUCCUAAUUACAAUUACGACGACGAUAUGAACGAUCUUUCUGAUGGAGAAGCUAUUAUGGAAGUAGAAGAAGAUGGUGAGGAUGAUGCAGAAGAUGAAUAUUCAGAUGACGAUGAUAUGAGCUGGAAAGUACGUAGAGCAGCUGCUAAAUGUUUAGAAGCUGUAGUAUCGAGUAGAAGAGAACUCUUACCUGAACUAUACAGAGUUGUAUCUCCAGCAUUAAUUUCUAGAUUCAAAGAAAGAGAAGAAAAUGUUAAAUCAGACAUAUUCCAUGCCUACGUCGCUUUAUUAAGACAAACAAGACCUGCAACUGGUGUACCACUUGACCCAGACGCAAUGGAAGAUGACGAUGGUAGUCCUGUAUCUUUGUUGCAACAACAAGUACCUUUUAUUAUCAAAGCUGUACAUCGUCAGAUGAAAGAGAAAAGCAUCAAAACUCGACAAGAUUGUUUUUCUUUGCUUAAAGAAUUAGUUCUUGUAUUACCUGGUGCUUUAGCGAAUCAUAUACCCGCAUUAAUACCAGGCAUACAAUAUUCUUUGGGAGACAAAAAUUCUUCUUCUAAUAUGAAAAUCGAUACUUUAGCCUUUGUACAUACACUUUUGGUAACUCAUCAACCUGAAGCAUUUCAUGCUCAUAUGGCAGUUUUAGCUCCUCCAAUUAUAUCAGCUGUAGGAGAUCCAUUUUAUAAAAUCACUGCAGAAGCAUUAUUAGUGUUACAACAACUUGUACAAGUUAUUAGACCUCAUGGGAGAACAUGUUAUUACAAUUUCCCUACAUUGUCUUCUGACAUUUAUCAAUGUACAUUAACGAGGUUACGAACAGCGGACAUAGAUCAAGAAGUCAAAGAAAGAGCCAUCGCUUGUAUGGGACAAAUUCUUGCACAUUUCGGUGAUACAUUGUCUGGUGAAUUACAUAUAUGCCUUCCCAUAUUUUUGGAUAGAUUACACAAUGAAAUCACACGUCUCACAACUGUUAAAGCAUUAACUUGUAUAGCCGCUUCACCCUUAAGAGUAGAUUUAAAACCAAUAAUGGAAGAUGCAAUACCCAUUCUUGGAUCAUUUUUAAGAAAAAAUCAGAGAGCUUUAAAAUUGUGUUCCUUACCACUUUUGGAUACUUUAGUACGCAAUUACAGUUCUGCACUACACUUUGAUCUAUUAGACACGGUUACAACAGAAUUACCUGCUCUAUUAAAUGAGACUGAUUUACAUAUUGCACAAUUAACACUUAAUUUACUGACUACAAUUGCUAAAUUACAUCCAGGUUCAUUAACAAGAGUUUCAGAUAAUAUUUUACCUGAGAUAUUAGUGUUGGUUAAAUCACCACUCCUUCAAGGUGUUGCAUUAAGUUCUAUGCUUGAGUUCUUCCAAGCAUUGGUACAAGCUGAUAUACCUGGACUUGGUUAUCGUGAGUUGCUCACAAUGUUAGUAGCACCAGUCAAUCAAUCCGUGUUACAUAAACAAGCUUAUCAUUCAUUGGCUAAAUGUGCCGCUGCAUUGACAGUUACUUGUCAGCAAGAAGCACAAGUUGUCGUUGAACAAUUUUUAAAUGAUGUUAAAGAACCACAAAAUGACGCGCAACACAUUUUUGCGUUGCUAGUUAUCGGAGAGAUCGGUAAACAUGUAGACUUAAGCGGAAUUGGCGAAUUGAAAGUAACAAUCUUGUCAUCUUUCUCAUCUCAUUCAGAAGAAGUCAAAUCAGCAGCUAGUUAUACUUUAGGAAAUAUAGCUGUUGGUAAUCUUCCAGAAUAUUUACCAUUCGUACUAAAAGAAAUAGAAGCACAACCUAAACGUCAAUAUCUUCUUUUACACUCUUUAAAAGAGAUUAUCGCGUGUCAAUCUGCAAGUCCCUCCGGUAUAACGCAUUUACAAAGUUUUGUACCAUCCAUAUGGAUGCUUUUAUACAGACACUGUGAAUGUACAGAAGAAGGUACUCGCAAUGUCGUUGCAGAAUGUCUUGGAAAGCUCACUUUAAUAGAUCCAACUAGAUUAUUACCUACGUUACAAGAUUCUUUAAAAUCACCAUCUGCUCUUAUGAGAACUACAAUAGUCACAGCUGUUAAGUUUACCAUUUCAGAUCAGCCUCAACCAAUCGACGUUAUGUUGAAACAAUGCAUGGAACACUUUUUGGUUGCCUUGGAAGAUCCAGAUUUGAAUGUACGAAGGGUGGCAUUAGUUGCUUUCAAUUCAGCAGCACACAAUAAGCCUAUGUUAAUCAGAGAUUUAUUAGAUUCCGUUUUACCACAUCUUUACACAGAAACCAAAAUAAAGAAAGAAUUAAUCAGAGAAGUAGAAAUGGGCCCAUUCAAACAUACAGUUGACGACGGUUUGGAUUUAAGGAAAGCAGCAUUCGAAUGCAUGUACACAUUACUGGACUCUUGUCUUGAUCGAUUAGAUGUUUUCGAAUUCUUGAAUCACGUUGAAAAUGGUCUUCGAGAUCAUUACGACAUAAAGAUGUUGACCUAUUUGAUGACUGCUCGUUUAGCACAAUUGUGCCCAACUGCAGUUUUACAAAGGUUAGAACGAUUAGUGGAACCAUUAAAGAGUACCUGUACUAUGAAGGUCAAAGCUAACUCGGUUAAACAAGAAUAUGAGAAACAGGAUGAAUUGAAACGUUCUGCACUUAGAGCUGUUGCUGCAUUACUUACUAUUCCAGAUGCUGAUAAAAAUCCAUCGUUAAGUGAAUUUGUAUCGCAAAUCAAGACAACGGCAGAAUUACAACCCUUAUUUGAAAUCAUUCAGAAAGACUGUACUGGUAAUAACGUGAAUGAAACUAACGCGAUGGAUCAAAGCUAAAAGAGUUUACACUACAACAACAACAACAACAACACCCAUUAAUUUUUAUAUUUCACCAGAUCACCUGUAGCUAAAUGCACGAGAGUGAUCGUACUAUUUCAUAGUUUAUUUGUAUACGUUAUUUUUUCAUUAUCGUCGCUACAAUUUCAAUAAAUAUGGUAGUUGUGAUA